AUGGACUUCAACUUCAAGAUUCCCCUUGGCUGCUACACGGAUGCUUCUGUAAAGGAGCUCCGCGCCUUCCUCAGCUGCACGCAUCGGCGGGCCGGUGAGGGCUCCCUGCCCUGGCGCCUGGCCCAGCGCGGCCCGCAGCUGCUGCUGCUGAUCUCCGAGUUCGUCCUGGCGCCCAAGGUGGUCCUCUACGCGGGCUGCGAGGAUGGCAGGAUCAAGGCCCUGGAGCUGGAGCCGCUUCCGGGCAACGCCUCGCGGAUCCGAGAGGUGGAGAGCGUGGCGGCUCCGAAGAAGGGCCACAUGGCGAACGGAGGCCCUGCCGGGCCAUCAGCUAGCUCCGCGAUGCUCCACAGUGCACUUCAGGGUUUACAAUAA